AAGCAUCCCUGGUCUGAAUUAGAUGGACUCCUACCAGAGACAAAGAUAAUAAACGAUCAACUGGUAAAAAUCAACUCCAAAGGCUUCUUGACCAUCAACAGCCAACCAUCAGUCAACGCCGAGAGAUCUGAUUCCCCAACUGUUGGGUGGGGAGGUCCUGUUGCAUAUGUAUACCAAAAGGCUUAUCUAGAGUUCUUCUGCUCAAAGGAGAAAUUAGAUGCAGUGGUGGAGAAAUGCAAAGCUUUGCCAUCGAUUACUUACAUGGCUGUGAACAAAGGAGAAAACUGGGUAUCGAACACUGCCCAAUCUGAUGUGAAUGCUGUUACAUGGGGAGUUUUCCCGGCUAAGGAAAUCAUUCAACCAACCAUUGUCGAUCUCGCUAGCUUCAAAGUCUGGAAGGAUGAAGCAUUUGGGACUUGGUGAAGAAGCUAGGCUAACUUGUACCCAGAAGCUGACCCUUCCAGAAACUUGCUCGAAGAGGUGAAGAACAGCUACUAUUACAUCAACGGUAACAUAUUCGCGGUCUUUGCUGAUCUUUGAGAAAAUCAAGAAACAAUUACAGUAUAUCGGUUUCCUACUACUUUUUAGAUUUGCUUUCUGUACUUUCUCUAAAAUAUUUGGAUUUUGGUUUUUACAUCUUUUUACCAUAACAAUAUUUUGAUGUUAUUGAUAAAAAAAAAAGCAUCAGUUUCACUA